AAGCCGGGUGCCCCUGGGAGCCUGGCUAUCAUGCCAUCUCCUCUCCCUGUCUCCUUCCUUCUCUUCCUUCUCUUAGUAGGAGGCAGGCCCCAGAAGUCCUUACUGGUGGAGGUAGAAGAGGGAGGCAAUGCUGUGCUGUCAUGCCUCUGGGACUCCUCACCUGCUUCUUCUGAGAAGCUGGCCUGGUCCCGAGAUAACCAGUCAACACCCUUCCUGGAGUUGAGCCCCGGGUCCCCUGGCCUGGGUCUGCACGUGGGGCCCCUGGGCGUAAUGCUAGUGAUUGUCAAUGUCUCGGACCAUACGGGAGGCUUCUACCUGUGCCAGAAUAGUUUCCCUUUCAAGGACACCUGGCAGCCUGCCUGGACAGUAAACGUGGAAGAUAGUGGGGAGCUGUUCCGGUGGAAUGCUUCAAACUUGGGAGACCUGGACUGUGACCAAGGGAACAGGUCCUCCGGGAGCCAGAGGUCCACUUCUGGUUCCCAGCUGUAUGUGUGGUCUAAAGACCGACAUGAUUUCUCGAGAACAAAGUCUGUAUGUGCCCCACGGGGGAGCAGUCUGAAUCAGAGUCUAAUCAACCAAGAUCUCACUGUGGCCCCUGGCUCCACACUUUGGCUGUCCUGUGGGGUACCCCCUGUCCCAGUGACCAAAGGCUCCAUCUCCUGGGCCCAUGUGCAUCCUAAGAGGUUUAACACUCCAUUACUGAACCUAAGCCUUGGGGGAGAGCACCCAGUCAGAGAGAUGUGGGUUUGGGGGUCUCUUCUGCUACUGCCCCAAGCCACAGCUUUAGAUGAAGGUACCUAUUAUUGUCGACAAGGAGGCCAGAUCAUGGAGAUGCACGUGAAGGUCAUUGCAAGGUCAGUGUGGCUCUGGCUGUUGAGGACUGGUGGAUGGAUAGUCCCAGUUGUGACUUUAGUAUAUGUCAGCGUCUGUAUGGUUUCUCUGGUGGCUUUUCUCUAUUUUCGAAGAGCCUUUAUUCUGAAGAGGAAAAGAAAGCGAAUGACUGACCCCGCUAGGAGAUUCUUCAAAGUGACGCCUCCCUCAGGAAACGGGACCCAGAACCAGUAUGGGAAUGUGCUCUCCCUUCCUCCAUCCACCUCUGGCCAGGGCCAUGCUCAGCGUUGGGCUGCUAGCCUAGGGAGUGGCCCUGGGUCCUAUGGAAAUCCACGCAUUGAAGUCCACGAUGUUGGAGCUCAGAGCCAUGAAACAGGACUGGAAGAAGACGGGGAGGCCUAUGAAGAGCCAGACAGUGAGGAGGGCUCUGAAUUCUAUGAGAACGACUCCAGUCUUGGGCAGGACCAGCCAUCCCAGGAUGGGAGUGGCUAUGAGAACCCUGAGGAUGAACCCAUAGGACCAGAGGAGGAAGACUCCUUCUCCAAUGCUGAGUCUUAUGAAAAUGCAGAUGAGGAGCUGGCCCAACCUGUUGGCAGGAAAAUGGACUUCCUGAGCCCCCAUGGGUCUGCAUGGGACCCCAGUCGGGAAGCAUCUUCGCUUGGGUCCCAGUCCUAUGAAGAUAUGAGAGGGAUCCUGUAUGCGGCGCCUCAGCUCCAUUCAAUGCGGUCUGGUCCUAGUCACGAGGAAGAUGCAGACUCUUACGAAAACAUGGAUAAGUCUGAAGACCCAGAACCAGCAUGGGGAGGAGAGGGCCACAUGGGGACUUGGGGUACCACGUGACUCUCAAGUGACUAGCCUGGACUUCCUUAGGUCUCAAGAACCACAUCUGACUCUGAAAUCUGGAGAUCCCAAGCAGAUGGUGUCAGUCAGUCCUAAACAAGUCAAUAACCUUGUUUAGGAUGUGUGCAUGCAGACACACACACACUCACAUGCAUACACAAGCAAAACUUCCUUCUAACCCUUUUUGCUUUCCCCAAAUAAACUCAAUUAGCCAAUCAAAUUCUCUGAAGCAUGCCCUUGUGUGGGAGAAGAAGGAAUGAUGGGGCUGAAUCCAGCCCUGAAUCACCCUGAGGAAGGAGAACUAAGGUCUGAAUACAUCCUGGCUCUAGCCUUCCCAUGGCCUGGCAUUUAGCCACUAACAUCCAAUGAUGCAAAUAUGAUGUUCAGCCACUAUUCCAUGGUGCCACACAAGGGAGAGACAGUGAUGGGACUGGCAGUCUGGCAGUCUGGCAGUCUGUUUGGUUGGAACCCCUGCUCACCACUGCACAAACUGGGAAACCCUGUCUGCCCUUCUCUUGACCCUGCCUGCUUCAGGCUAACAGGUCCCCCUCACCUCCUCAGGCAACCCACCUGAGUGUCUGUCCAGGGGUUCAGCUUCUGACUAUAUGUGGACACCAUCCCAGCUCUGAGCUUACAUAUCAUCACCCCUUGUCUAAGACCUGUAAAACUCCCUUACCUUAGCCCAGGUGUGCCAUUUCCCUGCCCCCUCCUCCGUCCUUGGGAACCUGUGAAUCUACUCAAGAGCUGCUCUCAAUAAAUCUGCCUUUAUACUUCUUAA